CUUAAAUUAGUCAUGGCUGGGGGAAGAUGUUUUGUCACGCUGAACUCGGGAUUGACAGUUCAUAUAUAUUCCUAUCUACCACUAACGUCAUCUCCAGUCGCAAUUUCGCUAGAUGAAGCUAUCGAACACACAAUAAUGGAUCGUCCAAAGGCUAACGAGACUGAGUUGAUUUUCAUCUACGCUACUUGGCCCCUAGCAUGCGCUAUUCAUAUCCUCCAGAUCCAUUACAUGAGGGCACGACACCCCGAGUUGCGCUUCAUUCUGCCCGUGUUCGCCCUCACGGCACCGCUCUUCAUCGCCUUCGAGGUCUGCAACAGUCCCGGCUCCAGGUUCUACAACCCGUCGGCCGCAUGGCCGCUCUUCGCAACGUUCCGCGUCGUCUGGGCGGCCCAUUUCAUCUCCUUCCAGUACGUGACAUCGAUCCUGAGGGUUGCGGACAGCAUGCGCGGCGUGCUGCCACGGGUCAUCGUGUACGCCGGGGCGGCGACCCAGUGCGUCAUACUCGGCACGGGGCUGACGCUGCUUGCCCUGUUCGACAUCGAGCUGGUGUGGGCAAUAUUCAUCAUCUCCCACGCGCAGCUGCUGGCGCUGCUGGUCCACUGCUGGGUCACCAUCCAGCAGCUGCGCAGGCGGACCUUCUUCCUUUGGACCUCGUUCGUCUCCGCCAUCACCCUCCUCUCGGUCGUCUCCCUCAUCGUGGGACUGUCGGUCAGCGACUGGCCCGUCCCCGUGUUUUCGGCCCAGUGCAUCCUGGCGCUGAUGGACGCCGUCGGGGCGCUCUUCCGACAUCGGUGCACAAACAAGCCGGACGCGGCGGCCGACGACGUCGGGCUGUUCACGAGACUGAGCAACAUGUCGCCGUUUCAGGGCCACCCCCUGGAAUCUCUCCCUUCGUUACCGGAAAACCGGUCGGCGGUGAGUUCAACGCCGUCAAAACAAAGCUUGCUGGGGAUGCUGAUGGUCGGUUGGCUCGCAGUUUGACCCGGGGGUCUGAGCAUGGUCCCGAAUGGGAGGCUAUCAAGCGAUGUGGUAAUUCCAAGGUCAUCUCAACGAACGACCAGGGCAAGAGGGUACAGAGACCCUCGUGGGCCGGGGGCAAGUCUCCCUUACCUUUGCAGGAAGGGCGCAAUGGAUGAGAUUCCUCACUGGAAGUCUGCUACUGAAGUCCCUGGCCAGGAACCGAAUGUCUCUAUUGUGUAGUUGCUUUACCGCAAGCGAGCUAUAUCUACGGACAAUAGGAGAGCGCCGUGGACAGACGGACGCUCUAUGGAGGACAGAACAUUGAAAUGCGGGAUUCCGGGGCGCUUCCAUCUAGUUGUCGGGUGAAUAAAACGAUGUCGAGUCUUCCAAACUGGCGGCCUCGACGGGACGGGCCGAGACGUUCGAUUCUCUGUACAUCCUAGAACAAAUUCAACGGUC